AUGAGGCAGAAGAAAACGCUCAAGGUGAGCAUCCACGAAAUUGAAAAAUACUGCCCCUUCGUGAAAAACAUACAACUCUUUUACAAUGCCAAUGAGGGCAAAAGGGAAGACAAGCAAGGAACAGACAAGCACAACACAGAGAAACACAGCAAAGACAAGCACAACAAAAACAAUGUGGUCCUAUCAGUCAUGUCGAAUCUAUGCCCAGUGGCAAAGGCCAUAAACGAAAAGCGCCUAAUCAUAAUAGACAACAAAUCGAAGAUAAGUAUUUUUAAAAUUCUCAGAAAGUCGAACAUCCUAUCGAGGCAACUGGUGGAUUCCUUGGCCGCUCGAAGUGGGACAAUACAAGUAGAAGCGGAACAGGCGGAAGGGACGGAUCAGCAAAGGGGCAAGACGAUGACAGGAGUGAGGAAAACACUUGCUGGUGAGUAUAGCCUGACCGGUGAUGCUCAGACAACGGAAGACACCCUUUGUGGAGAAUGCUCGUGUAAGAGGUGGAGACAACCCAACAGCGGCACCCACAGCAACACCCACGACAUCACCCGCCGCAACACAUACACCACCAUUCCUAGGGUAGUUGAAAAUAAGCCCAGUGACUCAUUAACUUGGACUAAUGAAAGCUACAACCUAUUCCAAAAACAGUGCACAAAAGAGCUGAAGAAACUUCUAGAGAAACUCCAUUUAGACAAACGAUACAGAGUGUUUACCAUCCUAAACAAAUGCAGGAAGUAUUAUCCAAAUGUGCAUAUAGAAAAUGACAAAUUAUUGCUCCCAAUUUUUUUUGAUUUUUUUCAAAAUUUUGGCUACAAGCCCUGUGUUGGGAAUAGUGCGUGCAGAAUUGGGGGCGAUUAUGGUGCCGUCCCGGAUGGAUUAAGAAGCGCCCCCUCCAGGAAGGAAAACAAUCAUGGGCGGAAUCCUUGCAAUGCGCGCACAUCGCCUAUCAAGACAACCAACGAGAAAACCGUCGUGUGGUGCUCCAACGAUUAUCUAUGCCUUUCGAAUAACCAACAAGUGAUUGACGUCGGAAUCGAGACGCUGAAAAAAAUUGGGAACAGCAGUGGAGGAACACGGAACAUCUCAGGUAGUCUACUAAAUCAUAGUCACUUGGAAUAUAUUUUGGCUAAAUGGUUUAAUAAAGAGAGUGCCUUAUUAUUUACCUCGGGGUAUAUAGCAAAUGUGGGUGCAUUAGAAACUUUGGGGAAAUUGCUAAAUGUUGUGUUCGUAUCGGACCAAAUGAAUCAUGCAUCUAUAAUCAAUGGAAUCAGAGAAUCGAGAUGUGAAAAAAUUAUAUUCAAACAUAACGAUAUGCUAGAUCUAGAAAAGGUUCUAAAAAAACUAAGAACAGAUAAAGAAUAUCAAAAUAGAAAAAUCAUGAUUGUCUUUGAAUCCAUUUAUAGUAUGUCUGGCAAUAUUUCCAACAUUCCACAUAUUGUUCAUCUAGCCAAAAAAUAUAAUGCACUUACCUAUGUUGAUGAGGUUCAUGCAGUGGGAUUGUAUGGCAAAACGGGUUCUGGAUAUUCAGAAGAAUUAAAUCUAUGUGAUCACAUUGAUAUAAUUAAUGGUACUUUAUCAAAAGCGAUAGGUUCCUUGGGUGGGUUCAUCUGUGCGAACAAGUAUUAUAUUGACGUCAUUAGGUCCUACUCGCCCCAUUUUAUUUUCACCACGUCCUUGACGCCUGUUAAUAUUAACACCUCUGCGGAGGCUAUUCACAUAAUUCAGAGCGACAUAAAUCUGCGAAAUAAAUUUCGACAAGUUGUCCAAAAGACAAAGGAAAGUUUGGAGCGACACGGGAUACACAUUAUUAAGAACAACUCCCAUAUCGUCGUCGCCUUGAUUAAUUGUGCUGAGAAGUGCAAGCAAAUUUGUGACGAGCUGCUGACGGAACAUAAUAUAUACCUGCAGCCGAUUAAUUACCCUACCGUUUCGAGGGGAUCGGAAAGAAUCCGAAUCACGCCCUCGCCAUACCACACAGAUGAGCACAUUGAAAAACUGGCGCGUAGCCUUUACCGGCUCUUCAAAAAGUACCAAGUAAAUAUGUUUGAUGGGAAGAACAGUCAGGCGCAAAUCAAGCUAUAG